AUGGCUCUCCGUCACGUUCUUCUUCUCACCUUCCUCGCGGCCUUCGCGCUGAGCCUCUCGGCUGCCUCCGCUCUUCCCAGCCACCCUAGUACGACUAAUCGGCGCGCUUUAGGCAACAAGGGCUCCAAGCCCGCGCCGGCGGGCUACGUGAAAGCCGAGUCGCCGAAGCGUCAAGUCACGGCGGAGAUGCAAGCCAAGGCAAAGAAGAUCGCGAAGGAAGCGUUCGACAAGGCGAAGAAGGAAGCGAAGGACCCGGAGAAUCAGAAGAAAGCGGCCAUGGCAGCGGCGGAGCAGAUCGGAAUGAUGGCUCUGAACGCCCUGGUGCCCGGAAGCGCGCACGUGAUUGACGCUGCGGAAAAGGCGAAGUUCUUUAAGGAGCAGAUCUGGCCCAUCAUCAAAGCGGAGCUCCAGAAGCUCGAGGACGAGGCGGCGGCGGAGCGCCAGAAGCACUAUCAGGCGAUCAAGACGCCGCCCCAGACUCCCAAGGGCAAGAAAGGCGGCAAUCUUGAGUGUAACUGGAUGGGAGGGGUGGAAGCAGGGAACAGAAGGCCAGACGGAGGGGCUGGCAAGGAAGGGGGGCUGGCAAGGAAGGGGUGUGGUAGGGUAUAA